AGCUAUCCUGGAGAGCUUUUGAUGUCUUGUCUCUAAGCCUCACUUACCUGGUGGAGACGCGAGCAAGACUGAAGAUGGAAAGGAAAUAGAGGUUGGUUUCCACGGCAACACAUUAAAAGGGACCCAAGAAUUACUCCGGUACUUCCAGGUGUAGGACUCCAUGCACAGUAACGAUGGGCACGCUGCUCCAACCAGUGCUGUUGAUGCUUUUAUGGCAAAGUGUUUGGCCUUUGGACAUACCUCUGGAGAUCCGUCAACCCCCAACUAUCACAAAGCAGUCAAUGAAGGAGCAUAUUGUUGACCCCAAAGACACCAUGGUCAUUGAGUGUGAGGCCAAGGGAAACCCUCAUCCCAUCUUCUCAUGGAGGCGCAAUGGGAAGUAUUUCAAUGUGGCACGUGAUUCGCAAACAUCAAUGCGUAGGCGCUCAGGGACGCUGGACAUCUAUGCCUGGAACAAUCCAGAACAGUAUGAGGCAGAAUAUCAGUGCAUUGCCUCCAAUGAGUAUGGUUCUGCAUACUCCAACAAAAUCAGACUGCAACUGUACAGAGCUCCUGUGUGGCCAAGAGAGAUCGUGGAACCUGUGGUGAUUAGCGCAGGUUUGCCUUUGGUUCUGUCCUGUGACCCUCCAGCCGGUCCACCUAAACCUGAAACCUACUGGAUGUCUAGCUGCUCAUAUGCCAGACCAUUUAACUGGCCAAUUCAAACCGCUUUCCCCACCAUGCACCCUGUGCGGCAGGACCGUCGGGUAUCCAUGGGGGUCAACGGAGACCUGUAUUUUGCCAACGUCCUAUUCAACGACUCUGCUUCUGAUUACUGCUGUAGCGCCCGCUUCCCUUAUAAGAAUGCCAUCCAGCAAAAAAUGCCAGUGGUGGUCAAGGUGCUCACAACUCGAUCCGUGGUUGAGGCUGCCCCCACCUGGCUGUCUCCCACAGGCUCAUCUAGUUCUGUUCUAGUCCUCCUGGGAGAGGAACUGCUGCUGGAGUGCAUCGCUGCUGGAGUGCCCACUCCUAUUAUUGCCUGGACGAAGGAUGGGGAGGACUUGGUAGUGACCCCACGCAUGAGAAGGAAACAUUUCAACAAGAUGAUUCAAAUCCCUAAUGCAACGUUUGAGGAUGCGGGCCAGUACAUCUGCACUGCCACUAAUAGGAUCAGCUACAUUCAGCACACUUUAACUGUCACGGUCAAAGCUGCUCCAUUUUGGUUAGAAAAACCUGACGACUUAGUUUUGGCCCCUGAGGAAAGCGGACGCUUGGUGUGCCGCUCUGAUGGUGCUCCUCGUCCCACAGUCAGCUGGUUUAUUAAUGGAGAACCAAUCGAGACUGCCACACCACAACCCAACAGGCAGGUGUCUGGAGACACACUGACCCUCAGCAGCGUGACCGUCGCCAACACAGCCGUCUACCAGUGCAAUGCCUCAAACCCAUAUGGCUACUUAUUGGCUAACGCUUUUGUCAGUGUGCAGCAUUCAACACCUCGUAUUCUUGGGCAAAGGAAUGAACUCAUCAAGGUGAUAGAGGGAACUCGUUCCUUCCUGGACUGCCGCUACUUUGGCUCUCCAGUCCCUGAUCUGCGAUGGUCCAAAUACGGACAGGGAAAUCUCGAAGGAAGUCGUUUUAAGACGCACAGUAAUGGGACCCUGGAGAUUAGGCGCACACAAAUAGAGGACCAGGGAACUUACGUGUGUGUGGUCAGCAAUGUUGCAGGCAGAGAUGAGAGUCAAGUCAGAAUAGAGGUCAAAGAACCUACCUUAAUUGUCAAAAGACCACAGGAUAUGAAAGUCUUCCGUGGAAGCGAUGUGCGCUUGGAGUGUGGUGUGAAAGCAGACAUCACUACUCCCAUCACGACCACCUGGAUGAAAGACAAAGUCACAGUCACACUUGGCUGGAGGCUGUCCCUGGAUGAGUCCAAUCUGGUCAUCACCAACGUAAACCGAGGCGAUGCAGGCGUCUACACGUGUGUCAUCAACAGUGAACUGGACAAAAAGUCUGCGUCAGCACACCUAAUGGUGAUGGAUUAUCCUGAUCCUCCCUCUAAACUGGAGUUGUCAGAUCCAUAUGAACGUAGCGUUAGACUCAGUUGGGUCCCCGGAGACAACAACUUCAGCCCCAUUACAGAAUACUUGGUGCAAUAUGAUGACGAUGAUUGGUUACCUGGAAAGUGGAAGAACUUAUCAACAUACCCUGGGAGCCUAAACUCUGUCAUUCUGCAUCUUGCACCUUUCACGUACUACGAGUUCCGUGUUAUCGGCAUCAAUGAAAUCGGACCAAGUCGACCAAGUCGUCCAUCAAUGCGCUUCCAGACCAGCGGUGCACCUCCAGAUGUCAUCCCGAAAAAUUUAAAAGGAGUUGGAACAUGGAGAAACAACAUGGAGAUAAGUUGGGAGCCUCUAACCUACAGAGAAUGGAACGGGCCGCACCUCAAGUAUCUGGUCUGGUGGCGAAGGAGAGACUCCAGAGAGGAGUGGAAGAAUGCCACCACUAAAUGGCUAAAAUAUUAUAUUUACGACGCAGACACUUUUACCCCUUAUGAGAUAAAGGUCCAGGCUGUGAAUGAGUUUGGUCUUGGCCCAGAGUCACCAGUCGUUAUUGGUUAUUCCGGGGAAGACCGUCCUGUCAGUGCACCCCUGAACCUGAGAGUUUCAGAUAUCCAGAGCACCCAAGUGACUGUGCAUUGGGACACAGUGUCUCGAAGCUCCAUCAUGGGAGAUCUUAAAGACUACAAGGUCUACUACUGGAGAGACAGCAGCCAGCUAAGGUGGUUAAGGGUCAACAGAGCUAUGAGUUCGAAAGUGUUUAUGGACACUGGUCCAGAGCCGUCGGGGGUUCUCACUGAGCUAAUCCCCUACAGUAACUAUAAAAUGUACAUAGUGGUGACCAACAGUCGUUAUGAAGGUCCGCCCAGCAACACUUUACAAUUUUCUACACCUGAGGGAGUACCAUCUGCUCCCUCAUCCUUCAGAAUCCAGCAGCGACAUCUUGAUAGUAUUUAUGUGGACUGGGAACUGCCAGCAGAACCCAAUGGAAUCAUCACCGGGUACUCACUCAUGUACCAGACAGUGAAUGCCACCAGGGGAGAGGAGCAGAGAGUGGAAGAGUUCCUUCCAAAUGUUACAAGUUUCUCAGUACCCCGAUACGAUCGCUAUACUAGAUACCGAUUCUCUGUAGCGGCCAAAACUCGGCUGGGUCUGGGGCUAUGGCAUACAGAGGAGUCUCCACACUACACCACUGAGAUCUAUGCCCAGGACCAGGUGGACAUCUCUACUAAAGGCUGGUUCAUUGGAAUCAUGUGUGCAGUGGCCCUCAUCGUGCUCAUUCUACUGAUAGUGUGCUUCAUCAAGAGAAGCCGAGGCGGGAAAUACCCAGUACGGGAAAAGAAAGAUAUUUCAUUGGAGCCCGUGGAUGAUCGCGAUCAAGACGGUUCCUUUGACUAUCGGUCUCUGGAAAGGAUAGCACGGGUCACCACUAUCCCCUACCCUCGGUGGGAAGAGGAAAGGGGGAUUCAGAAGAGUCAGCCAUCGAUGGAGGCUGUGAUGAAAAGGUCAGACAGCAACGACAGCCUGGUGGACUAUGGAGACGUAGGAGAUAUAAUGUUCAAUGAGGACGGCUCAUUCAUUGGCCAGUACACGGGGCAAAGGAGGGACGUGAGGGACUUGGACUUUGGUGGGAGUCUGGACCUCCAUUCUCCAAUGAAUGCCAUCUAUUCCUUGGCUUGAAACUGCUUUGAAAAGAGAAGCUACAGGCAAACAAUCUUUUCUGCCAGAACCAGCAGAUUGAGGUGCUGUCUAAACAACUUUGAUGGUAGCAAGGAGUAAUACUCAACAUCCUUUUGGUGCCAGUAUGUAAUAUUUGAAAUGAUGUGCAUUUGCAUCGUCCCCUUUAGUGAGCCAUGUUGUGUUGAUAAAAAACAGAUGCGAGACAGAAACAUCCACAUUAUGGUUUUUUUUGUGUGUGUCACCAUCAAUAAUAUUGUAACGGACUGUUCUUUUUUGACCAAAUGACCCACAAUUUAAUACCAGCUCAUGUAUUUCUAUUCACUAAUGAUUAACAUCCAUCCUUCAAUCAGUUUUUUUUCACAAUACAAUGGCAGGUGAGGUGGUGUCAUAAAUGUAACACUUGUUGUAAACGUCCACUUGCGUCAGAAAAAUGACUAAUGCUGAAGUAAUCAUUUUGUAUCCUCUCUAUAUCAUAGCCCGUAUUGUAAAUAAAGUGUAAAAUAUUUUAAAUGAUGAAUGUACUCAUCCUUUGCCAACCUAAACCCCUUAGCAUUUUAGGAUAUAUUGCUAAAAUGCCCAAAAGAAAGCCUAACCAAAGUAAAUGUGAAGCUGUCAUUGAACCCACUGGAGUAGCGGCAUUAACAACCUGGAAUUUUCUUCCCAGUAGUCCAAAUCUGACUCACUGCAAAUGAGUAUUAGAAGUUAGAAAUAAAUACACUGAAUUAAAAAAAAGGUUAGCCCAUGUUUUUUUCAGAUAUGUAACUUCAAAAUAACUAAUGUUGAUGGUAUGGAUUUGAUAGCUUGAGUCCUUACCUAAUCCUAUUUCAAAUGUGUCAAUGAUACUACAGGCACAUUUGAAUGUUACACACAUUUUUCUGAAGUUAAGCUGAGGUGGUCCAAAGGUAGUCCCUUUGGAAAUGUCGGUCAAAGUCUUCACUGAGGCCAUGUCCACGAAAACCUAUAUACUGAAAUAAAAAAAUAAAUCAAAACAUUCCACUCCUGUGAAAAAAGGCCAUGGAGCUUAAAAUCAAUAAAGUGUGUCUAAGUCUAAAUCAAUGCAUGUCCACAAACACAUACUCAUAUUCACGUUGUCCAAUCAGAAGCCUGAAAACGCUACCGGAAACCACACCUUUGAUAAAGUGAUAUAUUUGAUGUACAAGGUCUGGUCUUGACAGCCCCCUGAAAAUAACUAAGGGACACCUUGUUGACAGGACUGCUCAACAAAUUAUAUUUUGCCUUUUUUGGUUGUGUGAAAGGAAUUUGUAUACUCCCCGCAAAGGUUGAACUGAGGCAACUCUUCUUGCUUGUUCUUGCAUG